CUUCAUACUUCGUCACUGCAUCCCCGCUGGAAAAUGAUGAGCUUCUCCGCCCGCAGUAUCAACCAGUCUGGCCACUUUGGUGGUGGUAGAGCCGGCGUAUCCAGGGCACGCAGCGUGGCAGGAGGCGCCGCCAGCGUGAGCAUGUCCUCUACCAGCUUCAACAUGGCAGCCCCUGCGUUUGGCGCCGGAUUCGCAGCCCAACAAGCCAGCAAUUUCGCCGCCAGUGGCAAGGAGACCAUGCAGAACCUGAACGACCGCCUGGGUUCUUAUUUGGAACGGGUCCGAUGUCUGGAGAAAGCGAACAGCGAUCUGGAAGUGAAAAUCCGUGAGUUCUAUGAGAGAAAGUCUGCCAUCAGCGCUUUCGACCCAAGCGGAUAUUAUGACACCAUCAGCAAGCUGCGCUCCCAGAUCCAAGGAGCCACCAUUGAAAAUGCCAGGCAUCUGCUGCAGAUCGACAAUGCCAAGCUGGCUGCUGAUGACUUCAAGAUGAAGUAUGAAGCAGAACUGGCCAUCAGGCAAGGAGUGGAGUGUGACAUUGGUGGACUGCGCAAAGCCCUGGAUGAGCUGACCAUCAACAGAUCUGACCUGGAGCUAGAGAUUGAGGGUCUGAAGGAGGAGCUAAUCUACCUGAAGAAGAAUCACGAGGAGGAGCUUGCUGUUUCCCAGGGACGAAUUGGAGGACAGGUUAAUGUUGAAAUGGAUUCCACUCCACAAGUUGACUUGUCCAAGGUGCUUGCAGGAGUCAGGGAUCAAUAUGAGCAAAUGAUGGAGAAGAAUCGCCAAGAGGUCGAGACCUGGCACAGAGGACAGAGUGAAAACCUCCGCCAGGAAGUUGCAUUAGGCCAACAAAGCUUCCAGGUUAACAAAUCUGAGGUCACAGACCUGAGACGCACAUCACAGACCCUAGAGCUGGAGCUGCAGUCCCUCCUUAACAUGAAACGCGCUUUAGAAGGCACGCUAUCAGAAACAGAAGCCCGAUAUGGAACCGAAAUUGCACAACUCCAGAGUCUCAUUUCCCAAUUAGAAAUUGACCUUCAGCAAGUGAGGUCGGACGCAGAGCACCAAAGCCAUGAGUACAAAACACUGCUGAACAUCAAGACAAGGCUCGAGCAGGAGAUCGCCACCUACAGAAGACUACUGGAAGGAGAAGAUGCCAGCAUGACCUCCGUCUUCAACCAAUCCUAUGUAAAAAUCAUCAGCAAGGAAGAAGCCCAGAGUUCCAGCACAACACAGAUAAAGGUGAAGACAGUGGUGGAGCAAGUAGUAGAUGGGAAGGUGGUGUCUUCCUCCGUGAAAGAGGUGACUCAGAAAGCAAAGACCACCCCAUAAAGGCAUCGAAGAAA